GCUUUCGGUCGGUGUAGACAAGAGCCAGAAAGAUACGCCGGGGAGACGGUCCGUCGGUGACACAUCAUGACCGUGAACACAAUCACCUUUCUCCUGUGUGCCCUUGCACGUCAGGCCAUCAGCCAACCUAAUGAUAUUUCCCCUGCGAGGGUCCUUUCCCAACAGACACGUCUGAGCGAGAACAGCGAUCUGUAUGUGACCUGCAGCACAUUCGGGUUAAAGAAACCCUCCUGGAUUUUUGUUUAUUUGUGUAAGGACGGCGUCGGAAUCCGAAAAAUGGUGCAGAAGGCAGAUCAAAUCGAUAGCACCUUCAUCGUGAGCGGAGUCGGCCCUGCUGACAGUGGAAACUACAGCUGCUGUUACUCCAGCGAAGAGUAUGCUCCUUCCGAAGUAGCAGCUCGAGGACACAACAUCAUCCAGAUUCUGGUUAUAGCUAAUUUUCUCCCAGCACACAUCACGUUGGCGCGGCCGUCCGCAGUCAGCGAGGGCGACGCUGUCGAAUUCAGAUGCACUGUGCCUGACACCCUGCAAACACUCUGCGGAUGUCAACUCAUCCCGUCUUACCUGAGGAAGAACGAGACCAUCCUCCAAGUGCAAGCGUUUCAUGUCAAACGGAUGGAGACGACUUUCACCAUCGAGCGUGCCGUCGCGAGGGAUUCGGGUCCCUACACUUGCGUGGUGCUGCCGUCUGCAUGCAUCCGAGAGCACGAAAACACUCUCAAUGGAAGUAAUGCAGUGUUGCUCGAGGUCAAGGCGAGCGUCCUUCUCCGAGUGAUUGUCAGCUGUGGCGUGAUAACCCUGUUGUUGAUGGGUCUGUUGUGGAUCGCAAACAGACACGGUUGGAUGAUAAACCAUUUUUCUUCGUACAAUCCAGGCACAACGAGUCAACAGGCAGACACAGACAUGUGGGAGGAAGAGCAGGAGCAGACGGAGGGAGACUAUCUGGAAGCAGAAGACGGAGAAUCUCUCCGCAUGGAGGAGGAGGAAGAGUAUCAGAAUGAAAUUGAAGCUGAUGAAUUCUUCAACGGUUGUGAUACAGAGGGAGAAGCAGUGUACUCUGUCCCAGAUGAUUCACCGAGUCGAGCAUCUUGGUAUGCUGCAUCCUUCAAGAAGAAAAAACACAUGAUCAACCGCCCGCCUGGUUUUACAGUCGGUUAAAAGCAGAACUGGCACCCGCUUGUGUCGCAAGUGUGUCAGAAAUAUUAAGAUAUACAUCCGUGUGUUUGUAUACAUGAAAAAUGAAAGUGUUUGAGUCAUCAUUCU